GUGUCGUUUCCCGGGGCGCCGGAGCGUUCUGCAGGGUACCCCCUCCCACCAGGCCGGUUUGGGCCUGGAGGGCUGGAGGUCCCGGCAUGCUUCGCGGCCGCAGGGUGGGACGGGAGCUGGAGCUGCCGGAAGCGCCUCCGGCUCUGCGGUCUCUGGUCCUUGUCUGCGGUGGUCGUGGGCUCCGCUCCACUCGUCGAGAUGGUGUGGGGACCUCCCGUGUUUUUUAAACUUCAGCCGCAGGAACUCUGUCUGGCAGAGAAGCGAUGGUAGAUGAGUUAAUAACACGGAGGGGAAAGCGAAGGAGGUAGUGGCUGCCUCUUGAAGGAUCUGUGCUCAGUGCGUGCCUACUUGAAGGAAAGGAGAUAGAGUUCGGUUGUGUUGGAGCAAAGACUAUCCAGAUCGUGGCAGGAGUAUUCUUGUUUUCACAGUUGAGGGCAGCAAAGUAAAGCAGGAUGUCCGUGGAUCCGAUGGCCUAUGAGGCCCAGUUCUUUGGCUUCACACCACAGACUUGCCUGCUGAGGAUCUACAUAGCAUUUCAAGACCACCUGUUUGAAGUGAUGCAGGCUGUUGAACAGGUUAUCCUAAAGAAGCUGGAGGGCAUCCCAGACUCUGAGAUUAGCCCUGUCCAAAUUCGUAAAUGCACAGAGAAGUUUCUUUGCUUCAUGAAAGGACGUUUCGAUAACCUUUUUGGCAAAAUGGAGCAGCUGCUUUUGCAGUCGGUUUUGUGUAUUCCCCCAAACAUCCUGCUUCCUGAAGAUAAGUGUCAGGAGACGCAUCCUUUCAGUGAAGAGAAAUUCCAGCUCCUCAAAAAGGAAAUCGAAGAGUUACAGGAGAAGUAUAAGGUCGAAUUAUGCACUGAACAGGCCCUUCUUGCAGAAUUAGAGGAGCAAAAAACUGUUAAAGCUAAACUCAAAGAGACCUUGACUUUCUUCGAUGAGCUUGAAAACAUUGGCAGAGAUCACGGAACUAGUAACUUUAGGGAGAGUUUGGUGUCCCUGGUCCAGAACUGUAGAAAACUCCAGAACAUUAGAGACAAUGUAGAAAAACAAAGCAAAAGACUGGAAACACGGUAAUUUCUCAGUAGUGAAAAGAGAGAGCAUGUAAAUAAGCAGCUUUUCUUUGAUUGCUCUUAGGUUUAAAGUCUUUUGGGGCUACUUACCUCCCCUCCUUUCCCAGGUUCCACACAGCGGAUCUUCUAGAACUGCACGCUCCGGUUCAGACUUCUAAAGCAGAGUUUGUAUUCAUCUGCUUUCCCCCUUCUGACAUUUGGGUUGACCAGCCUUGUUCUGGUAACGCCUCUAGUUCUUCUUUCGGGAUUGUACCCAUUCAGCUGUUAGGGGUGCUUUAGUAUGGUUUCAGGAGGCAGUGGAAUCCUGUGUAAGUCAGGCUAUAUAUUCAUCCAUUGAAUGUUGGAGUGCAGCCAUGAGGUACAGCAGGGACUAAUAAAGCAGAAAGGCUGGGCUGAGGA